UUUGAUUAAUAGCUCAUUCUUCUUAACUUUCCCUGACAAAAGUCAACUCAUUUACACAGAACAUAAAAACCCCAGGACUACAAUGACAAUUAACUCUUUUUUUUUAUUUCCGUGUUGAAUCAUCCGUCACACAGGGAAGAGAUGAUUGAAACCAUCACCGGGUUUGUUUUAGUCUGACCUUCCUUUUGAAAAUAUACAAUCCAACCCUUAAAAAGCAGCCAGACCUUGGAGAGUGCAUGACACAGCCCUGCCCUGUUGGCUCUCCGUCCCUUCAAAAUCACCAGUCUACUUUUAGACCAGCCUGUGCUUCAGUUCUCUGGCCUGGCAGACUUUCACCUUCACAGCCUCCAGGUAAAUGUGGCCAUCAGCUGGCCAGACACUAGCUGCCAUGCAAGACUUGUUGACAUUGUCAGUCAUCGCAGCCUCGAGCUGAGAAGUGCCAGAGGAGUGUGAGUGCCUCUAAAGUCACUAAUUCAGCACGUUCAACUCCUGGCUUCCUGAUGUGGACGAGUGGCAGCCAGCAGAGCUCUGUUAAACAGCAGAUGUUUUACACUGUGGCCGUUACCCUCAUUUCCUGGGCGGAGAGCUCUGCGCUGUAUUAGACUAGUAACAGGAACCAGAAAAAAAGAGGCAGAGUUAGAGGGAGAGUGAGAGAAAGAGGCAGAGCACAGGGAGCACAGGAGAAAAGUUAGCUGAGCUUUGAGCCACCACAAAUCAUUUGCUGUCACCAGCAAGCUCUGACAAGUACUAGAAAAGAGGGAGUGCAUGUGUUGAACGGCGGAGGUGUGAAUAGGGAGUUGUGUCAAAGGAGACGCAACAAGAGAGGUGUAAAAGAUCUGUGGAGGGCAAAAGAAACGAGGUGAUACCGAUAGAUGGAUAGAAGAAGAGAGUGGACACAGAUGAGGCUGCAAUCUGAUUCCUCAAACAGAGCCAACUGAGAGACUGUUGCUGCUGCUGCUGCUGCUGCUGGAUGUUCUGGUCAUUUAAAGGGAAGGUUUGUCAAGCUUGAUUAUACUUUGUAACGGGAGCCUCAGAGCAUGUUCUAACGUAUUACAGCGUUGGAAAAUGAAGACACACAUAUAGAAUGACAGCUGCUGUGUCUGUCUGUCUGUCUGUCUGUGAAGCAGGCAUGAGCUGGAGGCACUGAGAGCUACUUAUGGUGAAGUGCAGCCGUAGACCGAUCACAUGCUGUUACUGCUGAAAAAAAGAAAAAAAAAGAGGUAGUCACAGUGUGGGGGAGACAACUUUGUCAUUUUCUCAUUUUUGAUUUAGUUAAACGCGCCUGAGAACCUCAGGCUGUUUUUUUGGCCGAGUACAAAACUGACAGAGACCUUAACGUACUUUAACGUCGUUCUCUGUGGAUGCUCGAUCAGCACAGAUCUGAUUUAAAGCCCCAGAGAGUUUGAUCUAGACUGCAGAGGAAGCCGGAGGUCAUCUGAUCAAACCCAGGCAGCAGAGAACUUACCAGAAAGGCUGUUUAGGGCAAUUACUGUCUCAUUACUGAGUUGACAUUACAUCCAUGUGUAAGAUAUUGGUGAAACUUCUAUAAAGUGACACUGUAGGUCAAAGAGGACAGGAAACUGUGUGGGCUGAGGAGCCCUUGUUUUAGAUAUUGAGUUGUGACAACACCGUGUUUCAGUUCAUUAAACGCUGCUUUUUGUUUCUUUUUGGAAAUGUAAAAACAAUAGACUUGGUUUUAUAAAGUUAUCGCAGAACUGUCACAUGGAGAGGGGACUCUGGACGACAGGAGCGUUCGAGGCGUAGAGGUUCAUGGUUCAUGCUUGGAUGGUCUCUGUUGGCAUUUGACAGCUUCACCGUGGACUCACUGUAGUGUCUGAGACGUCAUAGGGUUACCUAUGUAGCUGAGUCAGAGGUUGGCUCAUCACUCAGUGUCAGUCUGCCCAGCACUGGGAUUCUCUCCACCUGUUUUCUUGCAAACAAGUCACGGGCGUUCUGUGGUUUUCACAGCAGUGUCCCUGAAGUUUCAGGACUCUUCACACUGCUUUAGUUGUCCCUCUGAGUGUUAACACCACUGCUCCACGCUCGAGUGAUUCACUGUUCCCUACACAUCGGCAGCAGCCGCCGAAAGAGAGAAAGAAGAAAGGAAGGACUUGCCAAGAACCAAAGUGUGUCAGUGGUGACAGUCCGAUCGACAGGCACCAUGAAGCUCGCGCUGUUGAUGCUUACGGUGGUGUACAUGGUGGGCAGUGUGAGCAGCAUGUCCACAUGUAAGACUGUAGACCUGGAGAUGGUGAAGAAGAAGCGGAUCGAAGCCAUCAGGAGCCAGAUCCUCAGCAAGCUGCGUCUUCCCAAGGAGCCGGAGGAGGAUCAGGCUGGAGACCAGGAGGCGAUCCCUUUGACUCUGCUCUCCCUCUACAACAGCACCAAGGAGAUGUUGAAGGAGCAGCAGACGGGGGCCCAGACGGUCAUCUCCACAGAGCAGGAGGAGGAGGAGUACUUCGCCAAGGUCCUGCACAAGUUCAACAUGACCAAUACAGGUACAGACAUGAAGGACAAGAAAAGCAUCGAAUUCCUCUUCAACCUCUCUAAUAUAAGGCAAAGUGUUGGGGAUUACCACCUGCUGACCAGAGCCGAGCUGCGGUUGCUUAUCAAGACACCGAACAUAGCGACAAAGCAGCGGGUUGAGCUCUACACGGGCCUGGGAUCCUCACCCGAGUACCUCACUACUCGCUUCAUCACUACUAAUCUGAAGGACAAGUGGCUAUCUUUUGAUGUGACUGAGACCCUGCAGAACUGGCUCAAAGGGAAUGAGACCGAGCAGGGUUUCCAGCUCUGGGUCUUCUGUGGUUGCAACAACGACCCAAGUAUGGAAAACACGUUCAAGUUUUCUAUCUCUGGGGUCUCUUUUGGGAGGGGAGACACACAGACGCUUGAGGCGUUGACGAAACAACCACCAUAUAUCCUGACCAUGUCCAUUCCUCAAAACGUCAGCAGCCACAUCACCUCCCGCAAAAAACGGGCCACAGAUGGGAAAGCAGAUACAUGUACUACCCAGACGGAGACCUGCUGUGUGCGAAGCUUGUACAUCAAUUUCCGGAAAGACCUGGGCUGGAAGUGGAUACACGAACCGACGGGCUACCACGCCAACUACUGCAUGGGCUCCUGCACCUACAUCUGGAACGCAGAAAACAAAUAUUCUCAGAUUUUGGCUCUGUAUAAGCAUCACAACCCAGGAGCCUCUGCCCAGCCCUGCUGUGUUCCCCAGGCACUGGAACCACUGGCAAUCAUAUACUAUGUCGGCAGGCAGCACAAGGUGGAGCAACUGUCCAAUAUGAGCGUAACGUCCUGCAAGUGUAGCUAAAGAAAAAAAA